CCUCUGGUACCAGCUGGAACCCGGAGUAGAACAGAGAACCAUGCCCGCUGCAGCGGCUCUGGUCGGGUCCGACUCUUCCUGCCUCCGGGCAGAACUACACCGAGAACCGGACCAAGAUUCCCGAUAAACUCACAACAGCUUGUGGUUGGGAGUUGGUGAUGCCGGUCUGGACCUGACGGCCUCAGCGAACCGGGAUUGCAGAGUCCGACCGGAAACUCAGAACUUUUGAAUUAUUGAAAAUAAAAGUAAGAACCAGAACUCGUCUUGUCAGGCUCGGCUAGGUCGCACCAGAACAUGCCUGUCUGGUCUCAGUCCUCUGGGUCGGACUGGAAGGACUGAGCGAUCGUGAAGAAGAACCAGCCCGAGGAUCAUUUCGGUUCGCACGGUUCUGGUCUUGGUCCCCUCAUGCUGCUGCUCCGCCUGGUCUGGGUCCUGACUGCUGCAGCGGUCUGCUUCCUGAUCCUGCUACUCCACAACCACAUCCUGAAAGAAGGUCACCUGUUGGCAGGAACCUGUGAGAUUGUAACUCUGGCCCGAGACAGCAGCCAGCCCCGGAGGACCAUCGCCCGUCAGACCGCCCGCUGCGCUUGCAGGAAGGGACAGAUCGCUGGGACAACGCGAGCCAGACCAGCCUGUGUCGAUGUUCGUGUCGUCAGGAGUCAGAGGUGGUGUGAGAUGACUCCAUGUUUGGAUGAUGAAGGAUGUAAUCUCCUAGUAAAUCAGUCGGGCUGGACUUGCACACAACCAGGAGGUCGAGUCAAAACCACCACGGUCUCCUGACAGUGCUGGCAAAGACAAACACUCCCCAUAAGAGAAUGAUUCCCAUCAUUCAUCACCCAUCAUUCCUAGGCGGGAACGCUGCUGCCACUCCAUCUGUUGACAACCAAUCAGCAGCCACUAUCAGAGCCGUGGGGCGAAGCAACAGUGCUUCCGGUUUCAUGCUUGGAUGAACUUCAAAAACUUCCUCCUGGGGAGAAAAAUGACUUCAAUUUCCAGGAGAUUUGACCCACAAAUAACAACGGCCUGAUGGAUGUACUUGUUUUUUUUUUCUGGCACAAAACUCUGUUUCAUUUUACCAACCAAAGAUGAACAGAGGCAGCGAUGAGGCAUUUACAGAGUUUACACAGCGCAAUUCUGAAAAAAGCGUAUUGUAAAAAUGAAACAACAAAAGAUAAAAAUACUUAAAAAUAUUAAUAAAACAAUCUCAUUACCAAGAAA